AUGUCAGGGAUCCCCAACACAGGGCCGGAGCGAGGGGGAACUGCACCUGGGGAGUGUGUGAACUCUGCGCCCCUGCCACGCCCCGGAACGCCCCUGCUAUGCCCCCGCACCAGCGUGAGCCUAGUGCAUCGCGCCCCCUCUCCCAUUGGCGCUACACCACUGCUCCAACGUGGUCCUCUGAGGCACCAUGAUAAGCCUAACUUGGAAGGGGCGGGGACCACAGGGGGCAUCAUCGGAGGCCUCAUCGCAGCUGUUGUGGCGCUUGCCGUGUUGGCCACCGGCUUCCUGAUCUGCCGGCAGCAGCGGAAGAACCGGAUGGAGCAUGAAGAGGAAGAUCUGGAAGGGCCGCCAGUUUACAAACCACCUCCCCCUGUUCCCAUGUCUGAGGAAAGGGAUGUGGUCCCCACCCCGUCUGAGGCUGACAGUAUCCCGCUCAAAACGCCCUAUUUUGAACCCAGCGUCACAGACGACCUCUUUGGAGGGGUUAGGACCACCACCAGGAUGGAGGACGCCCCCCGAUACCACGAAUUGCCGACCAUGGAGGAGCGAGAUGCUGUCGGCAAUGCGGCCCCCAGCCCGGAGGACGGAUAUCUGGAUCAAGUCAACCCCAUCUAUGACGCCCUUUCCUUCGCCGCCCAUGAGGAAGAGGAAGCCAACGCGGCUCUGGCGACCGACAAGGCCUUCAUUAUGUCCAGAGCCAUGUACGUCUAAGCCUGCGUCCGGCGCUCUCUUGUUUCCGUGCCGGAGGGACGCAGGCUGCUGGUGCACACUCCAGUCUCGUUCCCAGAGAGAUGCUGCUGCUGCUGUUUUAAUAACACACCUAAAUGAGGUGCCUCACUUGGUUCCCUCGCCACCUGGGCUUCACGUGUGCCUUAGAUGGAAAUGAACAGAUCUUGAUGUCUCAAUUCUCUUUCCCUCUUCCUCAGCCAGGUUGGAGCGCGGGGGGGGGGGGGGGGCACACACAGGGGGACUUCCCUUCCCCAAAGCAUGCCAGCUAUUCACAGUGCCUUUUCUAUCCCACCAAACCUUGGAUCCCGCAUUCUGGAUCUUUUGAACCUGACAAACAGCUUCCAUUUCCGGUCUUCCUUCAGUCCCUUACACAGUCCUUCCCAAAGCAUCCUAAUGCUGAGCUCUCUGGUAUCUAGUUACUGGCCUUUUUAGUAUGUUUACAAAGAGGCCAGAACCUUCCAAACCUGGUCCCAAUGUAUGGAGCCCCCCCACUCCCACCCCUAAGCCAGAUAUGAAUCUCUGGCCACUGAUAUCCCCGGGGAAUCAGUUCUUUGACUUUUAGCAAGGCUCCUGUUAGAAGGAAGCCGGGAGAAGAAGGGUAAGUUAGGCAUGGUUCCUAGUCUGUGCUCCAUUGACCUGUCCUAACUGGAGACUGUUGGUUUGUCCAGGGGAAAACCCAAAUCUCGGUAAAGCUGUUCCCAGACCUGUCCACUUCUGACUGCAGGUGUGGGGUUAUCUGCUCAAUUGCGCCACAACGAAAAGUGAUUGUGGCUCGAUUGCGCCACAGCAUGUGGCUCGAAAAGUGUGGCUUGAUUGUGCCACAACAUGUUGCGGGGACGAGUGGGGUGCAAGUAAGCCCAUACCGAGUGCCAGUAAGAAAGUAGCCAAAGUGGGUAGUUUCUAUCUUCUGCUGCGAGUCUCCCUUGGAGAGAUUGUCUGGAAUGUCAGUGUGGCCCUGUGCAGUAUUUUUUGCUCCUAACAUUUCACCUGCAUCUGUAGGCUGGUAUCCUUUUGACGCGUGUCAUGGUAAGAAUGCAUUUCCACGGCACUGUCUAGAGAUUGUGUGGUGGGCUAUAUGUUUUGUCCACUUCGCACGGCGCUGGGGCACAUUUGCACGUGUCCAGGUGGAGUUCGUUUCCAUUUGCAUUUCUGCUGGGCUUUUUGGUACACCGUAGGGUCCGCCCUCCAAAGCUGCCAUUUCCUCGAGGGGAACAAAUCACUAUUGUUUAGAAAUCAGUUGUAUUUCUGGGGAAACGCCAGCCCGCCUGGCUUGUGGUCACAACUUGAAUUUUAAACCUAUACUUCGGAGGUUCUCCACCAGCCAGUCACGGUCUGGGCUUCUAAUCCGAAAAUGUGAAUUCUUUUUUUAAAAAAAACCACUUAUUAUGAAAUGAUAAGAGCAAAUCGGUGGGUGUGGGGGAGGGUUUCCUUGGGUUUUGAUUAUUAUUAUUAUUAUUAUUAUUUUUAUUAGCUGCUCUCAGAUUUUAGCCAGUCCUACCAACUCUCUGCAUUUCAGAGUUGGCGGGAGAGACUGACAAACACCGGGUGCCUUUCUUCACGGCCCAUGCAUGUUUUUAACCAACACUGCUACAUGGAUGAGUUGCAGUGGGGACACAUGGAUGAGUUUCAGUGGGGUGGUUUUAUUAGGGGGGGGGGGUUGCGUGUGUUUUAAAGCCUUUUUAUUGAUUUUUUUUCAUAAGAAUAAAUGUUUCACA